AUGGAAGGGAUCGACUCGGUUGAAGACGAAUUGUUUAUGCAAGCAGCUUAUAAUGUAAGUUAUUAAUAAAACACUGUCUUCAAAAUGUGGUAAUUACUGAAUAUCUUGUCAGUUGUCGUUGUAUUAAACCUGUAUGUAAGACGUUCGUGUAAUUUCAUGCGCAAAGAAACAAAUUAGUCAUUUAAAAAAGUAUUUAUUUGGGGAUUCUCAACAAAUUCAUUUCAUAACGAUUGCGUUGACCCCCUGCCUCUAUACACAAUAUCGCAGCUCUUUUUAUGUAUCGAUCAAUUCGAAGCUCCACCACCACCCAGACUGCAAAGUUUGGAAAUUGCGCGCGGAAGAUUUCGAAAAUUUAAUAGUAAAUAUAUAGAAAGCAUCAAAAAUGCGCGCGGAAGAUCUUCCGCGUGUGGUGGAGAAAAUGCAGUCUGGACCACCACCCACCAUUGAACUUUUUGAAAUUUGACUGAUCAAAUUCUCCACCGCCUGUGCAAAAAAUGUCUUCAAAUGCCCCACUGUAACAAGAAAUUUAAGGAGGGGGGCAUUGGGGGGUAUUCAAUACUGUAAUACCGCAAGCAAAUUUUGUCAAUUACUGCAGUUUUUGAGUCCAAAAUUGCAAAUACAGUGUACCACAAGAAUUCAAAUAUCGUAAUACCGCAAUUUUUCAAGGAAAAUACCGAAAUGCCGUAAGAAAAAUAAGCUAAACCGUAAAUCCCAAUGUCCGCCACAUUAAGCGUUCAAAUGCCCCACCUUCAUAUGAAAAUUAUGAAACAGUAAAUACAAAAAGUACAAAAUAUACGGAAAUGUUUUUCAACAAGAUAGCGAAAUUCACGUAAAAAGUUUGCAUACCUUAUGGAAAUUUAACAGUUUUACACAAUUAUGUAGUACAUACCUUCAAAUGAAGCACAUAGAUUUUCCAUGCCCGUUUCUUUGAGCCAGUUUUUGACAAAAUUGAGGCUGUUUCCCUCGAAAUCUGAGAAAACUGUAUUUGCCACCAAUGCAAAGUAUUUUCUGUGCAUGCAGGAAGCAUGCAAAAACGGGCAAAAUGUUAAGACUUCCGGUUCAAAUUCCCCACCCCAUUAUCAAAUGCCCCACCACAUGAAAGACCUAGAACGUCAAAUUCCCUACUCCCUGGAGAAGACUUGAAGUCAAAUUCCCGGGGUAUGCCAGGGGGGGGGGGAGCAUGAUGAAGUUUUGAAUUGAUCGGUACAUUAUAUCAAGAUGAUUUUUUACCCAUUGUGCCAUACCUUAUAAUGGCAUCACCCAUGAUAUAACACUAUAAUUUAUGUUUAGAGCUUGACAAUUGGACAAAAUAGCUCAUUUGGUUCGAGUGCUGCACCAAAAUCACAGGGCUGCUCGUUCGAUCCUGGAAGAGGGCCUAUGUCAAAGCUAAACCUCGCCCUUCCCAGAACAAGUUGCAAGGGGGGGGUGAAUAGGGGUAUACAAAUCCGCUGAUCUGCCCAAAUUUGAACCAAAAUCUGUGAUCCAACAAUGGAAGAGUCUAAAUUUGAAUCCGCUAAAAGCUCUACUGUGAAGUCACUAUCCAGGAUCCGAACUAAAUUGCAAGCUAAAUCCACAAUCCGAGCCAAAAUAUUAGAUAAAUCCGCAAUCCGCUGUAUUAAAAAGAUCCGCAAAUCUGUGUAAAAUAUUCACCAGAUCCGAAAUCCGAACAAUUUUUCCUGUGAAAUCCGACGAUCUGAAAAUCUAUUCACCCCCCUCCCCCUGCAAAGCAGGAUGCAGGGCAAGAAUCCCUUAUGUGUUACAUAACUGAUAAAAUCACAAAAAUUUUAGAGCACAUUGCAGCUUGGACAGAUACUUGGACAGUUUGAGUCAUUUGAGUGUGAUGUGCCCUGAGCCACCCCACUUUAUUAUUUUACUUUGUCUAAUACCACAUUACUAUAAUACCACAUUACUCUAAUACACACAACAGAUUAAUCAGACUAUUUUGCAUCCAUGAUUUGUUGUUUUCAGGAUAUCACACAGCGACCAAAUGUGAUCCUAAAGGAUGGUUUUCAAACAAGUGAACUUGAAAGUGGUGUAGAUUUUGAGGUCAAGGAGAAGUACAGAGACGAAG